AUGACUCCCUCGCAGAUAAGUCGCAACAAAAAGUACGCAUCCACCGCAGCGCUCCUGUGCUCGGUGGUAGCAGCCGCCGUCUUCAUCGCUCGCCUGCGACGAAAGGCCCUGACGGAACGCCCCAUUCCGCUGCACCCCAGCAUCGACUCGGGCCUGAAGCUCGGCUCCAAGGACUUCAAGGGCGGGCGUCUGCGCUGCCACUGCGCGUCGGAAAAGGUCGAGGUGCGGCUCGACAGCAACGUCAGCCACAACCACAUCUGCGGCUGCUCCAAGUGCUGGAAGCCCGACGGCGCGCUGUUCUCGGUCAUUGCAGUCAUUCCGCGUGACCAGCUCACCGUGGCGGCCAACGGCCACAAGCUGCGCGUCGUGGACGAGGCGGCUACGAUUCGGCGGCACGCGUGCUCGUCGUGCGGCGUGCACAUGUACGGCCGCAUCGACAAGGAGCAUCCGUUCCGGGGGCUGGACUUUGUGCACGUCGAGCUGUCGCGGGACGUGGGCUGGCAGGAGCCGCAGUUUGCGGCGUUUGUGUCGUCGGUCAUUGAGCAGGGGUUUCCGCCGGAGGAGAUGGGUCGGGUGCGUGCGCGGUUUCGCGCGUUGGGGCUGGAGACGUAUGAUGCGCUGUCGCCGCCGUUGAUGGAUCUGAUUGCGAGUUGGACGUUUCAGCAGACUACACGAGCUGCGGCUUGA